AUGCCUUUUGGGCCUGCAGGUCACAUGAAGUUGGAUACACCCUCGCACACCCGAUACGUCAACUACAUUCUGCCGAAGCUUCCCAAACAUGUCAAUUUUGCGGACACCGUCGAAAUCCUCAAGAAAAUUUUUGGAGCUCAAACCUCAACAUUCAACAAGCGUUUCCACUGCCUGCAGCUGGUCAAGUCAGAAGCCGAAGACAUUAUCAGCUACGGAGGCAAGGUGAACCGUGCAUGUGAGGAUUUCGAUUUCAAGAACAUGAAAAUUGACCAGUUCAAGUGUUUGGUGUUUGUCUGUGGUCUGAAAGGUCAUAGCUACACCGACAUCCGAGCCAGGCUACUUUCCCGGAUCGAAGGCGAGACACCAGAAAAUCCCGUUACUCUCCAGAACCUCAUUGACGACUAUCAACGGCUCAUCAAUUUGAAGGCGGACACAUCCAUCAUCGAGCAUCAAUCAAGUUCGAAAUCAUCAGUGCACGCCGUCCAGGAGAAGAAGGGAAAUUCAGGUCAACAGCAGUCUUCGAAGCCGGAAGGUAAAGUUCCUCGUACACCUUGCUGGCAAUGCGGCCAAAUGCACUAUGUUCGGGAUUGUCCUUUCUCGGAUCAUCAGUGCAAACAGUGCAAUCGUGUUGGCCACAAGGAAGGCUACUGUGGCUGCCUAUCCAAGCCGAAGUCAGUUCCAGCCAAGGAGAAACAACCAAUGAACAAGUCCAAGAAAUUCCGUCAAGCGAAAAUCCGUGGCGUUUACAUAGUGAAUCACAUCGCUCAACACUCCAGCAAACGGAAGUACGUGCCCACAUUCAUCAACGGCGUGGCAACCAAGCUACAACUGGAUACAGCAAGCGACAUCACAGUGAUCUCACAGCAAACAUGGAACUACCUCGGAAAACCAGCGAUCAAGAAACCAACGAUUGAAGCGAUGAAUGCGUCCGGAAAACCGCUCCAAUUGCUAGGAGAAUUCCAGUGCAAAGUCAGUAUCAACGGUAAGACUGCUGAAGGAAGAUGUUUCGUCACAACGGCUGCAAACCUCAACCUGCUGGGCAUCGACUGGAUCGAGCUGUUCCAGCUGUGGUCGGUUCCCAUCGAUUCGGUCUGCAAUCAAGUCAGGACGAAGACGAUCGAUCAGCAAAUCCGUGAAUUCCAAGUGAAGCACAAGGACGUUUUCGACGAUUCUCUGGGGCAUUGCAAGAAAAUGAAGGUGAAGCUUUUCCUGAAGCCGGAUGCAAAGCCUGUUUUCUGCCCCAAGCGGCCAGUUCCUUUCAACACCGUUCCAUUGGUCGAUGCCGAACUCACAAGAUUACAAACGUUGGGCAUCAUUGAACCCGUCGACUUUUCCGAGUGGGCUGCUCCUAUUGUGGCAGUACGCAAACCAAACGGCCGAGUUCGCAUCUGCGCGGACUACUCAACGGGACUCAACGAAGCACUCGAGGCCAAUCACUACCCGCUUCCGACGUCGGAGGAAAUAUUCGCGCAGCUCAACGGCAGUACCGUCUUCAGCAUAAUUGAUCUUUCCGACGCGUACCUGCAGCUUGAAGUAGAUGACGACUCCAAGAAGCUCCUCACCAUCAAUACCCAUCGUGGACUGUUCCGGUUCAACCGCCUCGCUCCAGGGGUAAAAUCAGCACCGGGGGCAUUCCAACGCCUGGUGGACGGAAUGAUUGCGGAUAUUCCUGGUGUACGAACAUUCAUCGACGACGCUAUCGUAUUCAGCAAGGACAUGAAGUCACACGCAGAAUCACUCUUCAAGCGCCUCAAGGAGUACGGUUUCCACGUUAAACCUGAGAAGUGCCGAUUUUUCCAAACUCAACUCGGUUACUUGGGACACGUAGUGGACAGUCAGGGCAUCCGCCCUGAUCCGGAGAAAGUGAAGACCAUUGCAGCCAUUCCACCUCCAACCAACGUUCCGGAACUACGGUCCUAUCUUGGAGCUAUCAACUUCUACGGACGAUUCGUGCGCAACCUACACGAAUUGCGCCACCCGAUGGAUCAGCUGUUGAAGAAGGAAUCAAAAUGGCAAUGGACUCCACAAUGCCAGGACGCUUUUGACAAGUUCAAGAAAACACUUCAAUCAAACUUGCUCUUGACACACUACGAUCCAAAACUACCGAUCAUCGUAGCAGCUGAUGCAUCAAACACAGGGUUCGGCGCGGUUAUCUUUCACCAGUUUCCCGAUGGCAAAAUGAAGGCAAUACAGCACGCUUCAAGAACGCUCGCACCUGCGGAACGGAACUAUGGACAACCGGAGAAGGAGGCACUGGCGUUAAUAUAUGCGGUAACGAAGUUCCAUAAAUACUUGCUCGGUCGGCAUUUCACACUACUGACGGACCACAAACCACUGCUGUCCAUCUUCGGUUCCAAGAAAGGUAUCCCGCUACACACUGCAAAUCGACUACAACGAUGGGCACUCACAAUGCUGAACUACGAUUUCGAGAUUCAAUAUGUAUCAACGAACGAUUUCGGAUGUGCAGAUUUGCUGUCACGGCUCAUCAACCGAACCAAUCAGCCAGAGGAAGAAUACGUAAUCGCAGCGGUCCCCAACUAA